AGUAACGCUAAUGUUUUCUAACGUUAUGUUUCAGUGCUAAAAAAGUACGUUCUUCUUCAAUGGACGGAUUUGUUACAAAGCUAGCUACAUGCACACCUCAGCAAGCAAAUGUUCUGACUGAGUCCAUACUGAACAUGUUGGUGACGGACAUGAGACCCCUGUCGAUGGUGGAGGAUGAAGGGUUUAAGGAGAUGAUUAAACAAUUCAACCCGGAUUAUCACAACAACUACCUACCAGGCAGAUCCCACUUCACCGCAUUGAUGGAGAAGAAAUAUCAUGCAACCUUUGAGAAGGUAAAGGAGACCCUCAGGGGCGUCAACAGUUUCCUCACGCUGACUGCUGAUGUGUGGACCAGUCGUGCAACAGAGGCUUACCUUGGAGUGUCUUGCCAUUUCCUGAGUGAAGACUGGAAAAUGAAGAUGUUCAACCUUUCCACCAUGCCUCUUGAGGAGAGGCAUACUGGUGCAAAUAUAUUGACAUGGAUGGAACAGGUUUUAGCAAAGUUUGACAUCUUGCCCACCAAAAUAAAAGCAGUAGUUCAUGAUAGUGGUUCCAAUAUGGUGGCAGCAAUGCGACUGCUUGAAGAAAAACAUGGAUGGGCCUCCAUCCGCUGUGCUGGACACACACUCCAGCUCGUAGUCAACACUGCUCUCAAAGAAACCACCAUUAGCAGAGCACUCGGUGCUGCCAGGCAGCUUGUGGAGCACUUUAAGAGAAGCGAGCUGGCUAGUACAAAGUUAAAGAUGAAGCAGGAGCAAAUGAAUGUUAAGCAAAAUGCACUGAUCCAGGAUGUCAGUACAAGAUGGAACAGUACAUUCCACAUGAUUGAAAGACUCCUUGAACAGCGCUGGCCUCUCACUGCCACUCUGUCAGAUCCCGAAGUAACUCCAAGGGGGAAACACUACUUCGACCUGAAGCCAGAGCAGUGGGAGCUGCUUGAAGAAUUGAAGCAGGGGUUGGCACCUUUUGAGACUGCUACUGUUUACCUUAGUGCACAGCAGUACACAACCAUUUCAGGUCUUCCACAGGUGGUCAAAGGGCUGACACGGGCUGUACACCAAAGCCAAUUUGAGACAAACUCAGGAAAAUCCUUCAUUUCCAGUGCAGAAAAGGGGAUAACACAGAGGUGGGGGAGUAUUUGCACUAUCUCAGGAGACAAAGAAAAUCCAGUUCUUCUUGCAGCUGCCCUGGACCCGAGAUACAGAAAGCUGAAGUUUUUGACUCCUGAAGAUGGCAUCAGACUGCAGGGGAGUAUUGAAGUGCUUGCUGUCAAAGAAGCAAAAACGACUGGGACACAGGAUGCAAAAGGGCCAAUGCAGAGGGCCCAUGGUUCAGGUAGAAAGAGUGCUCUGGAAACCCUUCUUCAGUCUGACACAGACAGUUUGAGUGAAAAUGAGGAUGGAGAAUCUGAGGAGGACAGAAAGAUCCAAGUUGUGAUAAAUGAAGUUCGGCUGUACUUCGGAGAGGCUUCACUUCCUAAAAACGAGGAUCCACUGGAAUGGUGGAGUGCAAAUGAGGGGCGUUUCCCCACAAUGUCAAAGCUUGCCAAAUCAUUUCUGUGCAUCCCUGCAACCUCCACCCCAUCGGAGCGGAUUUUCUCUGCAGCAGGGAACAUCUGCUCUCAAAAGAGAGCAAGCCUUUCUUCAGGACAUGUAGAAAUGCUAACUUUCCUGGCUAUGAACAAGACCCUUGUGCAGUUUGGCAUUAUAUAGAGUAACAGUAUAGUAAAGUUGAAUACUGUUGUGAGCACUGAGCACAAAACGCACUUUUGUUACAUUUGAGUCAGUGAGACCAAAACUUUAAUAAUUCCUUAGUUACAAGUGCCUACCUCAUUGUUGCUAUGUUUGAUGCCAAAGACAAAUUAAGGAAAGAAAAGGCCUAAAAAAUAAAUAUAAAGUUUUUUUUUUGUGUUGUUUAGGCAAGUGCCUUUUCCUUAUUUUACUCAGGUGUUUGCACUUUAUGCUACACAGUUAAACAACUGUUUGUUGCUACAAGCAUAUUUUAUUAAAGGUUUAUUGAACUGUUAUCUUAAUUGUCUUUAUUUUUAGUUGGCAUGUAUCUUAAACACUUCAAGCUGAAAGCUAAUUAUGGUUAUAUAAGAGCAGCUUCAUGCUGGUGCGAUAAGUUGUAUGUUUUACUUUGAAUUUACGUAUCAUCCGAUUAGUCGACUAAUCGAUAAGAUAAUCGGUGACUAGUCGACUAUCAAAAUAAUCGUUUGUGGCAGCCCUAUCUGACAUGCACUGCCAACUGUGGAACCUUAUAUAGACAGGUGUGUGCCUUUCCAAAUCAUGUCCAAUCAACUGAAUUUGCCACAGGUGGACUCCAAUUAAGCAGUCGAAGCGUCUCAAGGAUGAUCAGUGGAAACAGGAUGCACAUGAGCUCAAUUUAGAGCUUCAUGGCAAAGGCUGUGAAUACUUAUGUACAUGUAAUUUCUUUGUUUUUUAUUUUUAAUAAAUUUGCAAGACUCUCAAAAAAACUUUUUUCAUUUUGUCAUUAUGGGGUGUUAUGUGUAGAAUUUUAAGGGAAAAAAAUAAUUGAAUCCGAUUUGGAAUAAGGCUGUAACAUAACAAAAUGUGGAAAAAGUGAAACGCUGUGAAUACUUUCUGGAUGCACUGUAUAUUUCCACAUUAAAGCAUU